GCAAAGGAAGCUAGCCAGCAUACUGCAGUCACGACAAGAUUCACAAAUAUUCAUGGUGAUGAUCUGAUUAGCUCCACCAUUACUCCGUACGAGCAGUCUCUAUUCUGUUCCAAAACAGACUGGCGUGUGCGCGCAAUUUCAGCUACUAACCUCCACCUCCGGGUCAACCACAUAUACGUGAACUCAGACGAGAUAAAGGAAACCGGAUACACGUACAUUAUGCCAAAGAACAUAUUGAAGAAGUUCAUAUGCAUAGCAGAUCUUCGAACUCAAAUUUGUGGAUACUUAUAUGGGAUGAGUCCCCCAGAUAAUCCCCAAGUGAAGGAAAUCCGUUGUGUUGUGAUGGUGCCGCAAAGGGGAACUCACCAGCAAGUUCUCCUACCGUCAUCUCUUCCAGAGCAUGAUUUCUUGGAUGAUCUAGAGCCCUUGGGAUGGAUGCACACACAGCCUAACGAGCUUCCUCAGUUGUCACCAGAGGAUGUGACCUCUCACUCCCGUUUUCUGGAAAAUAAUAAGAAAUGGGACGGAGAAAAAUGCAUCAUACUGACAUGCAGUUUCACUCCUGGUUCCUGCUCUUUGACAUCAUACAAGCUGACGCAAGCCGGAUAUGAAUGGGGACGGUUGAACAAAGACACAGGCAGCAAUCCUCAGGGUUACCUUCCUACCCACUACGAGAAGGUUCAGAUGCUCUUGAGUGACCGCUUCUUCGGUUUCUAUAUGGCAAAGGAAGCUAGCCAGCUUACUGCAGUCACGACAAGAUUCACAAAUAUUCAUGGUGAUGAUCUGAUUACCGCCACCGUUACUCCGUACGAGCAGUCUCUAUUCUGUUCCAAAACAGACUGGCGUGUGCGCGCAAUUUCAGCUACUAACCUCCACCUCAGGGUCAACCACAUAUACGUGAACUCAGACGAGAUAAAGGAAACCGGAUACACGUACAUUAUGCCAAAGAACAUAUUGAAGAAGUUCAUAUGCAUAGCAGAUCUUCGAACUCAAAUUUGUGGAUACUUAUAUGGGAUGAGUCCCCCAGAUAAUCCCCAAAGAUCUCAUUCUUUCUACGCGACAAAGAACAGCGUGAAUACGUCAGCUCUGACGCAGUCAGAGAUCAGAGAUAUAAUACUUGGUGCGGAGAUUACUCCACCCUCUCAGCAGAGGCAACAGAUAGCUGAGAUUGAGAAACAGGCAAAGGAAGCUAGCCAGCUUACUGCAGUCACGACAAGAUUCACAAAUAUUCAUGGUGAUGAUCUGAUUAGCUCCACCAUUACUCCGUACGAGCAGUCUCUAUUCUGUUCCAAAACAGACUGGCGUGUGCGCGCAAUUUCAGCUACUAACCUCCACCUCAGGGUCAACCACAUAUACGUGAACUCAGACGAGAUAAAGGAAACCGGAUACACGUACAUUAUGCCAAAGAACAUAUUGAAGAAGUUCAUAUGCAUAGCAGAUCUUCGAACUCAAAUUUGUGGAUACUUAUAUGGGAUGAGUCCCCCAGAUAAUCCCCAAGUGAAGGAAAUCCGUUGCGUUGUGAUGGUGCCGCAAAGGGGAACUCACCAGCAAGUUCACCUGCCGUCAUCUCUUCCAGAGCAUGAUUUCUUGGAUGAUCUAGAGCCCUUGGGAUGGAUGCACACACAGCCUAACGAGCUUCCUCAGUUGUCACCAGAGGAUGUGACAUCUCACUCCCGUGUUCUGGAGAAUAAUAAGAAAUGGGACGGAGAAAAAUGCAUCAUACUGACAUGCAGUUUCACUCCUGGUUCCUGCUCUUUGACAUCAUACAAGCUGACGCAAGCCGGAUAUGAAUGGGGACGGUUGAACAAAGACACAGGCAGCAAUCCUCAGGGUUACCUUCCUACCCACUACGAGAAGGUUCAGAUGCUCUUGAGUGACCGCUUCUUCGGUUUCUAUAUGGUUCCUGAGAACGGACCCUGGAACUACAACUUCAUGGGAGUGAAGCACACGCUGAUCAUGCAAUACAGCUUGAAACUCGGAACCCCGAAGGAGUUCUUUCACCAAGAUCAUCGACCCACUCAUUUCCUAGAGUUUAGCAACAUGGAGGAGGAUGACGGUCAUGACCCCGUUCGUGAGGACACUUUUGCUUAAGACUUUUAAUUAGAUGUAUAAUUCUAAAUUAGUGUGCAAAUUGUUGUGGAAUGAAUUGAAUGGCGAGAUUGAAAAGAGAAUUAACCUCCAUCAGCGUAUGUAGUCUUUGGACAAAAGAUCUUCACUAUAAUUCCCUCUGUAUAGGUUAUGAUGUGAGGUUUUUUGCCUUUGGAGAGUCGCUCCAUUGUUUGGUCGA